AUGGCGACGCUUGUUUGUCGAAAUUUAUCAAAGAUAAAAAUAAUAAGUUUGCCGAUCUUGGCCUUGACUCCUUGGCAGGAAUGGCUUUUCUACCAAAUUCCAUUUACAGGAAAAUUCGUUAUUAAUCCAUAUGAUCUUGUCGAUCAUUCACUUCUAGAGAUAAUCCCACAAUUUCUUACUUUUUUCGAUUUUUUAAAAGUGGAUUUCAAAGGGAAAGCAUUAGAUGCUGAUUAUUCAUUGAUAUCGUUAUCUUCAUAUCGAAGAUUUACUGCGUCAGAUAUUCGUCAGCCGUAUCGCAGAGACUUUUCCAGAAAUAAUGAUCCAAAUCUACUUUCAGAGGAGUACAGUACUGUGAACGAGCCUAGAUAG